AUGAUAUACACAAGCCAACAUGAUGCUGGUGGACUGGGGGAGUUGCUCAGUGGUGAGCAAGCCCAGCAUGGGCAAAGCCCUGUGUUCCUCCCCAACACUGCAGAAAAAGGAAAAGAAAAGAAAAGUAUUUACAGUUCUUUAGCCAAGAGUUCUGGAGCUCAUGAUUCUGUAGUUAAGGAUCCUGGAACCACCAUUCAUCUGAAGGGGAUCCGAGGAGGUUCAGUCCUGUUCCAUGUGACCAAGGAGACAGCAGAAGCUGAUGUGCAGGAGAUCACUUGGAGCUUUGGUCCUGGCUCAGACUACAGCAUCAUGCUAAAAAUGCACCGUGGGUCAGAGACCCCGGAUUGGGUCAGCCUGCAGGACAAGUACAAACAGAGGGUCCAUGUGCCCAACAUGACAUCGCUGAGGAUUGAGAACUUGAUCUUACAGGACAGUGGGCCAUACAAGGCUCAGAUUACAUUAACUAAUGGAAAAGGAUCUGACCAAUUUUUUCACCUCAAUAUUUAUGAACCUGUGCCCCCUCCUCAGAUCCAGAACAACUCAAUAUCAAUCACUCCUGACUGGUGCAAUGUCACCCUGGAAUGUAAUGUCACAGGGACCUCAGAGCACCUGAAUGUGACCUGGAAGAGCAAGGGUCUUCCCAGGGAGCUGGAGCAGAGAGGGACACCAGGACCAGCUCCCAACCCCUGGACAUUAACUGUGAGGCUGCCCCACAGCCAUCUGCAUGCCAGCCUCACCUGUGUGGUCAGCAACUAUGUGGACCAGAAAAAUGCCACCUUAGAGCUUGGCAACAUUUGUGCCCAAGGUGAGUGCCACCUGCUGGAGGGGAGGGGCAACAUGGAGCUAAGGUAGCACAGGAGACUGAGGUCUCUGGGCUUUUCUCCCUGCCAUGUUUAAUGGCACCACCACGUUCACCUGAUCACCCGAUGUAGAAGUUCUGGAGGUACAUCCAUCUCACACUGGCCUUUAAAUGUCCCUCUCAAGUCCAUACCAUUCCCUGCUGGUCCAGAUAGUAGCCUUCUAGAACCUGCCUUAUU